UCCUGGUGUUGGCGAAGCCUUGUUGCCAUGUGAAGUCUGUGCGGUAAUUUUUUUUAUCGGUGCACUCAUUGAAUCUAAUAUUAAAUGUGGUCCAGUUAAUGCAGAAGGCAUUUACUUCCCGUUAGGUUUCCCCGAUGGACGCCGAUGCUGUAAAUGUGCAGCUGUUAGGCCAAACAGGAACGCGUUCAUAGCUUGCAGCUAGCCGCAGUGCUUCUCAUCAAUACCAUGUUUUGCUGACUGAGUGUCAAUUUGAUGGUUUUUGUUUUGUUUUGGACACGAACUGUUUUUCAUCCCUCACCUGGUCCCGAUGUAAAAAAAAAUAAAAAUAAAUAAAAAUUGCGUUUAAGUGCCAGCUUCAGUCGUCUUCAUAUCAUCGGAGAUGGAAAACGUCAAGAAGCCAAAACAUGGGUUUAAACCUCGUGGGAAGAAUAAACCCCAACCUACCCCCGCGAAAGAAAAACAGACCUACUGCAUUCUGUGUCGGAAGAUGUACUGGACGCAUGACGCUCAGGAGCAUAUGCACAGCUUGCUGCACCACCAGGAGCUGGGCACUGUGGUGGGGAUCGGUGCGUUUCAUGAAUGCCAUGCUUGCAAGGUGUCCGCCAUGGGCUUGGAUGAGUAUGGCCAGCACAUCCUGACUGCUCAGCACGAAGCCAACCUGCAAUGCCUGAAGUCUAAAAAUAUCAAGGCCAUUUCUCUGCAUAAAACUCUGAGCGCAGAGACCAUCAACCGCAUUGUGGAGAGAAACAAGCAAAUCAAGACUGUUGAGAAAAAAGCCAUGAAAAAGAAAAGGAAGAAGCUGAAGCAGGUGGCUGCUAAACAGCUUGCAGGAGAGCAGCAGAAAAUAGGGAUAAUAACUGCGCCCGCAGCGUCAGGGGCGAGGAAAUCCAACCAAGAGCAGGCAGGAAUCAACACUGCUGUUGUCCAAAACAAGGAGAACAAAAGGUCGGGUGUGCAGAGACCUUUCUCCCUCCCAGAACCAUUUCCAAUGGUUGAAAGCGAGACGUUUGAUCCUUGGUCCGAUGAAGCCCCGCAUCAGCCUUCCUUCGGCUACCACAGCUUGCAGUACAACAGCACACAAGAGAAGGACUUUACCGACGACCAGCUCCCUCAGAGUGGAGCCAUCAUCUUUGGCAGGAGUAGCCAGUCCCCUCAGCCGACGCAGGAGAGUUCAGAGACCUCGGCUCGGCCUGCUGCGUUGAGCAAGCCCGCCAACGACGAGCCUCUGCGGGAUGUGAACAUCAGCUCCAUGCUGAGGCACAUCAGGAGAGUGCUGGGCGUGAGGGAGCCGUGCCGAGCGGAGCGGGAAGCCCGUAAACUGAGCGUCACACAGAGAAGUGCGAUGAACCAGCCGGCGUACAUGUCCGCAGCUCCAGCACCAACUUCACUGUUUGCUCAGUCCAAACAGACGGCCUCCGACGGGACACCAGAACAGACCCGCGAUGCUCAGGAGAACUCGGGAGCAGCGGUCACGGUUUCUCAGGCGGAUUCUGAGCGCAUGCUGUACAACUCCGGCAAGGUUCGGAUCGCCCACAAACCGGGAAAAGGCCAUGUGAACACAGAUGCCAAACUCAAACCGACUCUGGACAAGUUGCUCCGCCUGUCGGGAGCCAGGAGUAAGCUGAACUGGAGUCAGAUGUCUAGUGAUCUCAGGAAGAAGCAGAUGAAAGGCAUGCACAGGUUUGGACUCGAGAUGAUGAAGCAUCCGGCGGACCAGCAAAGCUCGACACAGUCAGAGGACCUGGACUCCCCUCUGUCCGAAGGUUUCCACUGGGAGUCGCUUCCAGGCAGUCCUUUAGACCUGCUGCCUCCCCCCGAAGGCGCGGCCGACGCCGACGAUCCCACAGAGGAGGAGGAGGAGGAGGAGGAGGAUUCUCACGCAGUCGGACACAUGGAGCCGCCCGCUUCAGCACAGCCCAGCUUCAGCAGCCGGACCGCAGCCGGGCUCAUGGUGAAGAUGGAGUCUGGCUUCGGGGACGAGGAGUUUAGCGACAGCAGUCGUCCCGCCAAGAGGAGGUGCGACACUGGAGCGGAUGGUGUCGAUUCUGAGAAUGUAUCUAAAAGAAAGAAGUCAAACAGAGGCCAGGAUCAAAUGGACCAGCUGCUGACGGUGUCUCUGAGGGAGGAGGAGCUGAGCCACACGCUGCAGGAUUUGGACAGUUCUCUCAUCCAGGCCCGCGACGCCCUGCAGGCCGCCUACAUGGAGGUCCAACGGAUCGUGCUGCUGAAACAGCAGUGUGCCGUCGAGGUCAACAGACUGCGAGCCAGACGCAUCGAGAUCCUGCAGAACAUGCAAGGUGAGCUCUCUGGAUCGUCUCAUCCUCCAGAGACGGCCUCAUCCUCUUCCGCUGCCGUGCAGCCGCCUUCCUUCCCUCCGCCCGACGGCGUCCCCGUUCCCUCGAGCCAGCUCUCGCCUGCCGCGGCGCCGCCGUCGCCGGUCGGCCCGCUCCAGCUCCAGCCCUCUGCCGCUUCUUUAUCCAUAAAGAAGGAAAUGUGCAAUCUCCCGACGGCGACGCCUCCCAGCCGCAGUGCCGAUGGGGAUCCUCUCCCCGACGUCGCUGCAGACGGCUCCUCGUACGCAAACGCGCCCCCCACCACCGAGCCGUCUGCUGGACAGGAAGAGCAGGAGAUCCUGGAGGAGGCGGAGGACUGCGGAGAAGCCGUUCCAGCAGAGGAGCCGCGGCCUGAACGGAGCGACGCCGGAGAGGAGACGGAGGGAAUUUUCAGCACAGAAAACGUAGUCGUAGAGACCGAACCCGAAGAAGAGGAAAGUAAAGAGGACAGAGGGAACGAGAGCGACAACUCGGUGGAGGUGAUCCACUCCAAGACGGAGAUCAUAGCCAUCGAGGAAUCGGACUAUGAGGACUUACCUGAGGCGAAGCCAGACGGCCCCGAUGGAACCGACGAGCCGCUGCAACCCGGCGGCGUGGAGCUGAGCUCUGCGGGAACGCAGACGGCGCAGCAAGCCGACGCUGACAGCAAAGCAGAUCUCAUCGCCGCUAAAGCAGAAGAUGGCGAAACCCCUGAAGUUUCAGAGUCUGCCGAGGACGAGCAGCCGUCAGUGGGACCAUUUCUGAAUCACACCGGUCCCGUCAACAGCCUGCAGGUCCACGACGGCCUGCUCUACACGUGUUCCGGGGACAACACGGCGCGGGCCUACUGCCUGGCGACCAGGGAGUGCAAAGCUGUCUUCGAAGGACACACAAAUAAAAUCAACUGUCUGCUGGUGUCGUCCCUCCCCAACAUGCCCACGCGCCUCUACACCGGAGCCAGUGACCAGAUGAUCCGCGCCUUCAGCAUCAAGUCUAAAAAGUGCCUGGAGCAGAUCUUCCUGCCGGACAGAGUCUUGUGUUUUCACAUCGCCUGGAAUAUUCUGUACGCCGGCCUCGCCAACGGUUCGGUCUUCAGCUAUGACUUGAAGACCCUGAAGGAGCUGGACGUGUUCGAGUGCCACGGCCCGCGGGGGGUGAGCUGCCUGGGCACCGCCCAGGAGGGCGCCCGCCGCCUGCUGCUGGUCGGGUCGUACGACAGCACCAUCAGCGUGCGCGACGCCAAGAGCGGCCUGCUGCUGCGCUCCCUGGAGGGCCACACCAAGACCGUGCUCUGCCUGAAGGUGGUGAACGACCUGGUCUUCAGCGGCUCCAGCGACACGUCGGUUCACGCGCACAAUAUUCACACUGGCGAGCUGGUUCGUAUCUACAAGGGCCACGGCCACGCCGUCACGGCCAUCGUCAUCCUGGGGAAGGUGAUGGUGACGGCCUGCUUGGAUAAACUGGUUCGGGUUUAUGAGCUGCAGUCUCACGACCGCCUGCAGGUCUACGGCGGCCACAGCGACAUGGUGAUGUGCAUGACUGUCCAUAAGAGCGUGAUCUACACAGGCUGUUAUGACGGCGGCGUCCAGGCCGUCAAGCUCAACUUGAUGAAGAACCACCGCUGCUGGUGGCAGAACUGCUCCCUGAUCUUCGGCAUCCCCGAACACCUGGCGCAGCACCUCGCCGGAGACCACAGCAAUCCAAACCUGCAGAUGAUGAAAUGUCGCUGGAGAGGCUGCAGCACGUACUUUGCAACGCAGCAGCUGAUAAGAGAGAAGUUGCCUGAACACAUGCAGAAACACGUGGAGGAAGACAGCAGCAUGCAGCAGUGACCGAGUGAAGGAGGAUUAGCUUUGUCGCCCGUCACAAUUCACCGAGUUCCUCUUUUGUAUUACCAGGCAGAAUGGGUUGUUUCAUCCAGGGAUUCAAACAGGAAUUCCAUCUCUGCUCUCGUGUAAACUCCACAGCCCGUCAGACCAGAGAGGCAAGUUGCUACUGAUCCCUUAAUACGUCUCCUUUUGUUUAUAUUUUAGGCUUCUUUUUUCCAUUUUGUUUUUUAGAUCGUUUUAUUUAUGCAAUGAGACUCUUCUUUUGAUGCAAUGAAGACUUGGAUUAAAAGAGAUCAGACUGCGCCGCUCGGCCACAGAAACACCCUCACUGGUUUUGAAAGUAAUUCCUCCAUGUGAUCGACCAAUAGAUAAAUAUUGACUUAAACAGUUGAUUUGAAACUGUGGCAUCACUGUUUAAGUCCUCUAUUAAUUUUGUCCUCAUUUCCCCCGCCGCUGUCUUUGUCUUGCCUUAAUUGGUAUUAUUUUAAAGUGCAGUAUGUUUUGUGUCAUAACAUCAGUAAUAAAAAAAAUAAAA